UCCCCUCUUCUCUUUGCCGGCGAGAGCUCUGUUUGUGGCUGAGUAGAGCUACUCGAAGAGGCUCAUCUUCUUCAAAUUCAUUGCAUUCCAUGGCUAAACGACUGCACAGUUUUGCUCUAAAUAAGUGUCAAAAGAGAGUCUGCAUUGCAAAAGAUCGCAUAAGUCAAUUACCUGAUGAAGUUUUGGUACAUAUACUAUCUUUUCUUACUGUUGAAGAAGCAGCUAACACAAGUGUCCUCUCAAGGCGGUGGCUAAGCUUGUGGAGAUACAUUGAUCGGCUUGAUUUUGAUGCUACCAAACCCUUGGAUAAAGUAGCCUUGCAACCCAAGCUACGGAAAAGGCAAAUGAAGAAGUAUCUUAGAUGGGUCAGCUGUACUUUGCAAAUGUGUAAAGGGCAGAGACUAGACCAAUUUCGGGUUUGUUUUGAUUUGAACAAAUUCGCGCGGCAUGAGAUUGAUAAAUGGAUUGAAUUUGCGUUUUCUAGGAAUGUUCAAAGACUAGAGUUAGACUUAUUAAAGGGUGGAGAGCACAUUCGUAAUUUUGGUUACUGUUAUACUUUUCCAGCAUGGCUCCUUGGUCUUGGUGAUUCUGCUGACUCUUCUUCUUACAUACCUCAUUCUAAUGACCUCCAAAUACUCUCACCUGUCAAGCAGAACUUCAAGUCUCUAAAAGUGCUGCUAUUUAAAUCAGUAAAUGUCACGGGCAAAGUUCUUGAGUUCUUUCUACACAAUUGUCCAUUUCUUGAAACAAUGGCAGUUCAUGGAUCAGGAACUUUGGUAAAUUUGGAAGUUGUUGGUCCGUCCCUCAAGUUGAGACACUUGGAGAUACAGUACUGCUACAAAGUAGAAUCACUUAAAAUUUGUGAUACAAACCUUGUAACAUUAAGGACUUCAGUAGGAACGAAAUUACUGCUUAAGAAUGUCCCAAUGCUGGUUGAGGUGAAAAUUUCUAGUGCGGCAUUCAACCAUAUUUUGAAUGACAUAUCCUCUUGUCUUUCCUGUGUUAUCUCUCAGCUUGUGGUCCUUCAUUUAACUACUCAUUCAUGGUUUAAACUUUCGCAGGAAAAAUUGGAGCAUUACAAUUUUCCUCAACUUACUAAGCUCAAGAAAUUUGUCCUCACUACAUGCGGACAGAAAGACAGGAGUCUCUUAGGUUGCACGUCUAUAAUAAGGGCUGCUCCCCAGUUGAAGGAAUUUGAACUACAGUUGAUAUCGGGAUGUUCCGUCCAGACUGUUAGAGAGUGUAGGAAGGCCGCCAUAAAAUGUCGACUGCAUCACCUCAAAGUGGUCAAGUUGUGGGGGUUUUAUAGCGGUGCAGCUCAUGUUGAACUUGUUAGGUACUUCUUGGAAAAUGCUAUUGCACUCGAGAAAAUCAUCUUUGAUCCCAGGACCCCAAUGCCCACUCGCUUUCCUCUUGACCCUUUGUUCGUUAAGAAGGCGCAAACUGCAAGAAAUCUUGCUAAGCUCCAUCUUGAAGGUGAAGUACCUCCGGAUAUUGAGUUGGUCAUAUUGUAAUAUGUAUGUUAAUUACCAAAAUAAUACUAAAAUUAUUAGACCAUUUUAAUUUUUGCUACAUCAAGGGGAGCUGAAGUGGCCGAAUAUUUAAGAUUUUUGAGGAACAA